AUGACGAGCAUCUGCAGCAGCAACUUCCAGCAGCAGCACUAUCAGCUGACCAACGGCAACAUGAUGUUGCUGCAGCACCAAAACCAUCAGAUCCACCAGCAGCAGCAGCAGCAACACCACCAGCUGAUUGCCCCCAAGAUGCCGCUGGGCACCAGUCAACUGCAGAAUCAGCAGCAAUCGAACAUCGGGCCCAUGGGCCAGCAGCAAAAGAAGAAGUUCAACUACAACAACAUGCCCUAUGGCGAGCAGUUGCCAUCGGUGGCCAGGCGCAAUGCCCGCGAGCGCAAUCGUGUCAAGCAGGUGAACAACGGAUUCGUCAAUCUCCGCCAGCAUUUGCCCCAGACGGUGAUCAACUCGCUGUCGAAUGGUGGACGUGGUGCCAGCAAGAAGCUCUCCAAGGUGGACACCCUCCGCAUUGCCGUCGAGUAUAUCCGUGGCUUGCAGGACAUGCUGGAUGAUGGCACUGGCUCGUCAGCAACCCGUCACAUCUACAACUCCGCCGACGAGAGCAGCAACGAUGGCAGCAGCUACAACGACUACAACGACAGCCUGGACAGCAGUCCGCAGCAGUUCCUCCUGGGAGGAGUCGCCCAGCUCAGCUCCGUCCAGGCCCACUCCUACCACUCCGCCUCGCCCACGCCCUCGUACUCCGGCUCCGAGGUCUCCGGCUAUGUCAAGCAGGAGCUGCCCGAGCAGGACCUCAAGUUCGAGUCCUUCGACAGCUUCAGCGACGAGCAGCCCGACGACGAGGAGCUCCUCGACUACAUCUCGUCCUGGCAGGAGCAGUGA